ACGCGAAGAACCUCGUACGAUAACACAGGCACAUUUCCCACAAAGAGAUCAUUUAUUUCGGACGAGGAGCUUGAUCAGACAGAGGUUUUGUUUUCCUCUCGUCGCUAGGCAAAUCUACACGACACCCCUACUUUCUUAGAAGGGCAACUGAAAUCUCGAGAAAUUUCAUCACUUCUCGCAAGGACUCCGUUCAUUAUCAUCACCUUAUUUGUCGUUCUGAACGUGAACCCGAUUCAUCGUAAAUAAAAUCUUCGGCCAAUUACAAGAACCAGCAUGCUGCAGCGCGUUGGUUGCCGUGUGGCCCUAGUCGGGGUGACCACAAUCUGUAUGAUUGCAACGACAACCACAUUUUUUCCAGUUGGAUUGGUGCUUGCGAAGGAAGCGGACCAGGAUCAGAAUGAUGGGGUGCAGGAAGAUGCUUCUUAUAUGAAUUGCAAAACUGCUUGGGUCUGGAAGAAUGCAACUUGUAAUGCUAUUUUUGGAAUCUACAAAAAUCAAAAUCUGUAUUGCAUGAGCAGCAAAAGGCGUCCAGUUUUUGCCCCGCGGAGAGGGCAUUUGUCAUGCGGGAUAGGCAUCAACAUACCCGCAAACAAUUUGUGAUGCUGGGGCAUACAUCGCAGACAUCACAGGUCAUGCAAAAUAUGCAUGACAGACCUAGCAAUCUUCCAGACCCAGACAUUUUUACAUUUGAUAUCUUACCUGGAAAUUCUGAACGGGGUGCGCGAAUUUCGAGACGUAUGGAUUGCAAAUAUCCCUGGGUCUGGAAUGUUAAACUUGUGAUGCAAGGAGAGGAAUAGCGAGCAGGCAGUGAUGCGCUGCCAAGCAUGACAAGUUUUUUCGUGGUUGUGAAUUGCGUACCCCGCAUGAGAAACUGCGUUUUCUUUGCAUGACAAGCAAGAGGAGUUCUAUGCGGCCACGCAACACAUAUUCCAGUGUCAUGCCAGACUAGCAUGACAAUUCUCGCAGUCUCCCAGACCCAGACUCAUUUGCACUUGAUAGGACGGGUUGAUCGCCCAUUUUGGCAACGUAGCGCGAGAAGUGGAUAACCUGAACCAGCCGGAUAUCCUUUGUAAAAACGUCCCCACUCCAGAGUUGUCAUGCAAAUCCGCAAGCCUAAACUGUCUCUCAUGCGCAGCCCCAUGAGAGCCAUUUUCUAAUUAUGCUAUCUGAGAGUUUGUCAUGCUAGAAUCAGGAUAAGAUACUCAAUUUAACAUGCGGUGGCACUAGUUAAACAGGAUUUUUACAACGCGAGCCAGAUGAACUUGUCAUGCUCGACAGCCAAAACUUGUGGAUUUGUGUAGCAGAUCCCCCAUCUUGAGCAUGGGGUGGGGACGUUUUUACAUAUGAUACCGGAGCUGGCAGAGAAGGUGCGGGAAUUCACGAACAACUGGCUGUCGCUAUCCUGAAGAAAACCUUCCCCACCCCAGAGCUGUCAUGCAGAUUUGCUAUGACAAGGAGCACAUUUGUGAUGCGCUUACCCAUUGUAGACUUUUCCAAUCGUGUUUUGGAAUUUGUGAUGCUGUGAACAGGAUAAGCAGAUGGAGCUGUGAUGCGGUUGCACUUGCUAACCUGCACUACACUACGGAGCGCAACUUGUCAUGCGUGACUCCCAGAGCUCCUAGGUUUGUGUUGCAAAAUUCCUAUCUUGAUUCGUCUGGUGUGGGGGCCUUUUUACUCAGGAUGGUCGUUGAUCGGGUGGAGCACCGGGAUAACGGGGUUGUAUCGCGUUCUCAACUGAUACAUUCUUAGCUGUUACAUGAAUUUGUUAUGCAGAACUACCCUCAUCAUGAUGAUGAUCAUCCACACUAUGGAGCUGCUUCGCAUGACAAAUUUGUGAAGGGCCAAACAGCGCGUAAAUCUGUGCGGAAUUUGUAAUGCUACAGGUGCAGCCUCCCCCCUUUGAUUUUUGCUAUUCUCGCAGUACAAAUUCGGGUAACAGUUGAUAAUGUAACGCUUGAGAACGCCAUAGGUCGGUGAAGGAUUUUGUGAUGACCUACUUCGGACGCGCCUUUUUCCACGACCGGAACGGCCCGUUGAUCAAUUCGGUGAGGUUCUGCGCGACUGCGAUCCUGCACGAAGAACGGAAGACGAAAUUUCCCAAGGCCCUGAAGGAACUAACCUCGGAGGGCCUGCUAUCGUGUGCAAAAACUACGUCCCCACACUAUAGUCAAGAUGGGAAGUCGGCAACACAAAUCCUCAAGUUUUGGGAGUUCUGCAUGACAAGCUUCGAAAUAGUGUAGUGCUGGCUAGCAAGGGAAGUCGCAUGAGAAAGCCGCUUUUUCAUCCUGUUUACAGCAUUACAAAUGCCAAUUCCUUUAGCAUUACAACUCUGUGUGGGUGGGAAGGCUUUUACACAGGAUGUCUGCGUGUCUUUUCCGAAGACGGCGCCUUGCGGCAGCUCUUUAAGGACCUGCACCAAAUGACGACUGCCGCGUAUGCAUUGCAAAAAUGUCUGGGUCUGGAAGAGUGCAGCAGUUUGUCAUGCAGAUUUUGCAUGACCCAUGAGGUCGGUGAUGUAUGCCCUAGCAUCAGCGAUUCUGCGAGGGCUUUCUGAUGCUCAUACCGCAUGAGAAAUGCCCUCUCGUCGUGGCAAAAACUGGGCCUCUUUUGCUGUUCAUGCAUUACAGAUUUUUGUAGAAUCCAAAUGCUAAUGCAGCAUCACAAGUUGCAUCCUUUCAGACCCAGACACUUUUGCAAUGCAUGCCACGGUGUCCAAGACGAAAGAAUCGCUGGCGGCCGUGUUGGCGUCAACGGGGGAUAACGAGUCCUUAUGAGUGAGUGCACAACUCCCCCUGCUCCUCAUUUGUAUUGCGUGGACAGCAAUACAAACACCAGGACCAGCACACGUGGAGCCUGUGGCGCAUGACAAAUUCACGCGCCCAUGUAGUAGUAUUGUUCGGGCCUCAUCUUCCGGAAUCUGUCAUGCAAACAGUGCCACAGGAAAGCCCUUGGAUUUGGGUUUUAGUUUUUGCAUUGCAAAUUCAAAUUCAAAUGAGGGGGAGAGGGACGAGUUGUGCACUCUCAUAGUCCUUCGAGGCGGUGGCCAAGGCGUUGCGGUUUCUGUCCACGGAUUUAAAGAGCCGAAAGCAGGUCAUGCGGAUAUGACAAUGCAGAACUCCCCCCCCCUCAUUUGUCAUGCAAAAUACCCAAUCCGCCGUUUGUCUCUUGGCACUGUUUGCAUGACAAGUUCUGGUAGCCGAAAUAGCACUACACUCCAGAGCAAACCUGUCAUGCAAAUCCGGCACGCUUGGUGAUGCUUGUAUUGCCGCUCAUGCUAUACAAAUGAGGGGGAGGGGGAGCUGUGCACUGUCAUAGCGGAAGGACACGGAGGAGAAGGACCUCGAUGAUGAUUGGGACGACGAUGUUGAACAACCGGGGGAUGAGCUGUGAUUCUGAACGGAAGAAUGUAAAGGUGGCCGUAACAUCAUCAUCAUCAUCAUCAUGGCAAUUCGUAUUUCUUGUGAUACGCAAGUAGAUCUACAACUCUCAUUUGGAAGCCCGAAGGAAUGCGAACAUCAUAUGUAGCUUGGCGCUUGCCACCGUCGAUUCGACAAGAUGAAGAUCAUCUAGAUUGUUGCUUGUGCUAUGUGAGUGUGACAACUUUAGACUGCUCCUCCUUCUACCACAAGGAGGUAGUGUCUGUAGACGUCUCACCACCGCGCCUUCGAUUUUAUCAAUCAAUUAU